AUGGAUGUUAUGGACUUGCUAAAGAUGGACACGAAAACAUUCUUUCCUAUCGCUGCAGAACAGCUGAUCUCAUUUGCUUGUCCUCAGCAAGCAGUUUUCCCUAGUGCUGAGACAUCAGAGUUAAAUGGUGUCAAGAAAGAAGUUCAUGAAGAACCUGACAUGGUUGAGCAAAAAGCUUACUCAGGCCCGUCUAGAAGUGAUUGUGAUGUAUAUGGACACGAUAAUGGUAAUGACGAGCAUGAAAUGAAAUGCGAGACCUUUAUGGAUUCCGAUGGCCAUGUGGUUCACUUUUUCUAG